AUGGAAUCCCGAUUCAUUACUUAUGUUGGUACGGCCGUCAGUGCUACAGUACUCCUUACUACUUUAUUUGUCUGCUGGAAUAUUGCAGAUGACUUAAACACUCUCCAAAGAAUGUCUGACAAAAACAUGCAAGAUUUCAAGGCAAUCAGUGAUCAGACCUGGGACAGGAUGAUGUUUAAACCACAAUCUUCGCAGCCUGCUAGUUUGAUCUUUGGAAGAAACAAAAGAUCAGGAGACAAAUGUAAUUGCUCUCAGGAGCCAUCGAAUUGUCCAGCAGGACCUGCCGGACCUCCAGGAGAAAGAGGAAACGAUGGUGCGGAUGGAGUGGAUGGAAUUCCAGGAUUCCCUGGUGAAAAUGGAGGAGUCGCUUCGGAACAACCUUCUGAUGGCACUUGCAUCAAGUGCCCACCAGGACCACGGGGACCACCAGGCCCUAUCGGAGAAGAGGGACAAGCUGGAGAGCCUGGAGAGGAUGGAGAAGGAGGAGCUCCAGGAAAUGAUGGAGCAAAUGGAACACCUGGAAAGACAGGAGAACCAGGGCAAAAAGGACCACAAGGACCACCAGGAACGCCAGGAAGACCAGGACAACCUGGUAGAAAAGCUGUUGGAGAGCCAGGACCAAAGGGACCACCAGGACCACCUGGAACUGAUGGAAGACGUGGAGAAAACGGAAGUGAUGGGGAUAAUGGAGCCGAUGGACAACCAGGAGAUGAUGGUGAGCCUGGAAAAGAUGGUACUCCAGGAGAGCCUGGACCACAAGGAGAGCAAGGAACUGAAGGACAACCUGGAUAUGAUGGGGCAUAUUGCCCAUGUCCACCUAGAAGCAUUUCCAAGGUCGCUAUUCAGUAG